UAUGCACAUCGCAAAAAGAGCUGUAAACAAUGACGGCCGGAUUCAAACACUGCCAACGGCUGCUGUUCUCAACUUCCUCCACGGCGUCUUCUUCUCUCCGUUCUCUGCCACCGUCUCUCUCCAUCCCAACCCUCAAAUCCCAGCAGCAGCAGCAGCAGAUCAACGACCUCAUCAGCAGCCUCUGCAAGCAGAAGCGCUACCGAGAAGCACUCCGCACCUUCCACUCUCUCCCACCCCCCUCUCCCCACCUCCACCUAUACCCCUCCACCUACGCCCACCUCUUCCUCGCCUGCUCCCACCUUCGAUCCCUUCCCGACGCCCGUCUCCUCCACGUUCACCUCGCCGCCUCCCCCGCCCCUCCCGACGUCGUCCUCCACAACCACAUUCUCAACGCUUAUGGCAAAUGCGGCUCGCCUGAUGACGCCCGCCGCCUGUUCGACGCAAUGCCCGACAGGAACCUCGUCUCUUGGACUUCGAUGAUCUCCGGCUGCUCGCAGAACGGCAGGGACCUUGAAGCCGUCGAGUUGUAUCUUGGGGUGCUCCGCUCGGGGUUGCACCCAGAUCAGUUCGCGCUGGGCAGCGUCGUCAGGGCAGGCUCCGGCUUGGGCGACGUCGAACUGGGAAAGCAACUGCAUUGCCAUGCGUUGAAGUCGGAGAGCGGGGCAGAUCGUAUUGUACAGAACGCACUCGUCACGAUGUAUGCAAGGUUGGAUAGGAUUGACGAUGCUGCUAUUGUGUUUGAGAGGAUUGCAGAGAAAGAUGUGAUUUCAUGGGGCUCAAUGAUUGCCGGCUUUUCUAAGCAGGGUCAUGAACUGGAAGCUCUGCACCUUUUCAAGGAGAUGAUCAGUUCAGGUGUUCACUGCCCCAACGAGUUCCAUUUCGGUAGUGGAUUCAGUGCUUGUGGCGAUAUAGGUAUAAUAGAGUAUGGAGAGCAAAUGCAUGGUCUUUGUGCCAAGUUUGGGCUCCAAAGUAAUGAAUUUGCUGGGUGUUCACUAAGUGACAUGUAUGCUAGGUGUGGAAUGCUAGAUUGUGCGAAGAAGGCCUUCAGUGAAAUAGAAAUGCCUGAUCUAGUUUCGUGGAAUUCAAUAUUGUGUGGUUUCUCUUCUCUUGGUCUAUCUAAUGAAGUGACGUUAUUGUUCUCUGAGAUGAGAGAUUCAGGUGUGCAGCCUGAUGACAUCACCAUCCGCUGCUUGCUUUGUGCUUGUACUGGCUGUGAUUCUUUUCAAAAGGGGCAACUGGUCCAUUCUUAUUCAGUGAAAAUGGGUUGGAAGACAAAUAUUGCUGUUUCUAACGCUCUUCUUAUGAUGUACACUAAAUGCUCAGAUCUGUCCGUUGCACUCGAUUUCUUCGAAGACACGAGGGAUCGAGAUAUUGUUUCUUGGAACACAGUUCUUUCUGCAUGCUUGCAGCACCACCAACCUGAAGAAGUCUUUACGUUCAUAAAACUCAUGCAGAAUCUGGACUACAGGUUUGAUCAGAUCACUUUAAAUGCUAUACUCAGUGCUUGUGGUGACUUGGCCUACUUGGAGAUGGGGAAUCAGGUUCAUGCCUAUGCCAUGAAAGUUGGACUGGAGGUUGACAUAAUGGUCCGCAAUGGUGUAAUUGACACUUAUGCAAAAUGUGGUAACCUAGGGGAUGCAAGAAAGUUAUUUGAGUUGAUGGAUGAUAAAUAUGAUGUAUUCCCAUGGAGCAGCUUGAUUCUUGGAUAUGCUCAACUGGGGUAUGCAAAAGAAUCUCUUGAGCUGUUCAUGUGCAUGCAAAGUUCGGGCAUUAAGCCAAAUCAUGUUACAUAUGUUGGGGUUCUUACAGCUUGUGGUCAUGUUGGAUUGGUAGAUAAAGGGCUAUAUUACUACCAAAUGAUGGAAGCUGAACACGGAGUUGUCCCUACAAGAGAGCACUGUUCAUGUGUGAUUGAUUUACUAGCUCGUGCUGGUAGAUUAAAUGAGGCUGAAAAUUUUAUCGAUCAAAUGCCUUUUGAACCUGAUAUUGUGAUGUGGAAGUCUAUCCUAGCCGCAUGCAGGAUGCACAAUAAUGUGGAAAUUGGAAGGAGAGCAGCAGAAAAUAUACUAGAUAUUGAUCCUCAAAAUUCUGCAGCUUAUGUUUUAUUAUGCAACAUCUAUGCUUCCUCUGGCCAUUGGGAUGAUUUUGCAAGACUAAGAAAGAUGAUGAAAAGUAACAGUGUGAAAAAGUCACCUGGAAAGAGCUGGAUCAAGGUAAAGGGAAAUGUGCAUGUCUUCACAGUGGAAGAUAGGUCACACCAUGAAUCUAGAGGUAUAUAUGAAAUGCUAGAACUUUUGGAAUUAGAGAUGCUGGAUGCUAGCUAUGAUCCCAAACUGUCGCUUGCAUAAAUAAAUUUAAGCAUCCAAAAGACAGAACCUGCCGCCAAAACAUAUAAAUGUGGUGAUAACCACAUCAUGAUGUGGAAUCAUAUUUGUUGAGAUAACUGGUGUACUUGAGAACAUGGUAUUUUAUGAAGCUGAAACCAGAUUUAGCAACCAGUACAAUCUCAAGUUCCUCGGUUGGGUCUUAGAAUCUCUUGAACUUGAUGAAUGAUGCUGCAAAUUUUCAUUCCAGAUACAGUAAUAGCAUUCUCCCUGAUUUGUCAUGAAGGCCAGGAAGUUUCAGUGCCGAACCACUCCAUGGAUCUGUUCAGAAUGAAAGAUUAAUCUAUUAUCUAACCACCUGGAGGCUUAUAUGGUUCUUGCAACAGAUCCAUUUGCAUCUGCGAAUGCACAAGAGCAUUCUGAUUCCUGAAGACAAUACCACCAUCACUACCUCGAGCAGCUGCGUCAUCAACAGAAGCACAGCAAAACUUACAGUACCAGCACCAACAUGCAAAAUAUGAUCCAAGAGCACCAGAACUUCCACUGCUGUUAGAAUUAUGGAAAGGCCAUUAACACAAGAUCAAGAAGCUCUCAGAUACCCUCAGUGCGACUCAUUGGGUACUAUGUUCUGCUAGUACAAGGACUGCAGCCUCUGGCAGCUGCGCCCUUCCACAAGGAAGCAAAUGCCAUUAAACUCACGGUGUUUCCCUGGAACAUUCCGGUCGGCAGAAGAUGUAGGAAGAACAAGCGCAUCAAGAGGGGGGGAGCGACCGUGUUGGUGGCACCUGUUCAUCUGACUCUUCUAUUUUGCUAAUUCCGGGUGUGAUAUACAAGUAUAUUUUAAGAAUGAUGUGUGGGUUCUUAAUGUGGUCUGGUUAUUUACAUUGUAGAGUUAAAAUGAAUGUAUAUAUCACACCUUUUCAAGAUUAUAGCCAGGUUAUGCAAUAUCUUGGACUUGGACUUCUUUAUCUCAACCCUCCCCUUUAUACAGGAGUCAUGUAAUGUUCGUUUACCUGACGAUAUACAU